CCGCCGUCCCCGGUUUUGACAAUCAUGAUCACAUGGAUGCAUCUAACUAAACGAUACCUGGGGACAUUGUGGUCCAUUAAAGAACACAUCUAAAUUUCUGGCUAUUUCUUUGCUCUGCCACUCAACAUAGGACUUUGAUUUUCUCUAUACAAACCCUCCUAAAUUUUCCCCACUAUGUUGUCUUCAGUAGCUUGAACUCUUUUCCUAAAAUGGUCCUUCUGUUGAUCUUGUCAGUCCUGCUUUUGAAAGAAGAUGUCCGUGGGAGUGCCCAGUCCAGUGAGAGGAGAGUGGUGGCUCACAUGCCAGGCGACAUCAUUAUCGGAGCUCUCUUUUCUGUCCACCACCAGCCCACUGUGGACAAAGUUCAUGAAAGGAAGUGUGGGGCAGUCCGAGAACAGUAUGGCAUUCAGAGAGUGGAGGCCAUGCUGCACACCCUGGAGAGGAUCAACUCAGACCCCACACUGCUGCCCAACAUUACACUGGGCUGUGAGAUACGGGAUUCCUGCUGGCAUUCUGCUGUUGCCCUAGAGCAGAGCAUUGAGUUUAUAAGGGACUCUCUCAUAUCUUCAGAAGAAGAAGAAGGUUUAGUGCGCUGUGUGGAUGGCUCUUCUUCUUCCUUCCGCUCCAAGAAACCCAUAGUCGGGGUCAUUGGGCCUGGUUCCAGUUCUGUGGCCAUUCAGGUCCAGAACUUGCUUCAACUUUUCAACAUACCUCAGAUUGCUUACUCAGCCACAAGCAUGGAUCUGAGUGACAAGACUCUAUUUAAGUAUUUCAUGAGGGUUGUACCUUCAGAUGCCCAGCAGGCACGAGCCAUGGUGGACAUUGUGAAGAGGUAUAACUGGACUUAUGUAUCAGCUGUGCACACAGAAGGCAACUAUGGAGAAAGUGGGAUGGAAGCUUUCAAAGAUAUGUCAGCCAAGGAGGGGAUUUGCAUCGCUCACUCAUAUAAAAUCUACAGCAAUGCUGGGGAACAGAGCUUUGACAAACUUCUGAAGAAGCUCAGGAGUCACCUGCCGAAGGCCCGGGUGGUAGCCUGCUUCUGUGAGGGCAUGACGGUGAGAGGUUUGCUGAUGGCCAUGAGGCGCCUGGGGCUAGCAGGAGAGUUUCUACUUCUGGGCAGUGAUGGCUGGGCUGACAGGUAUGAUGUGACAGAUGGUUAUCAGCGAGAAGCUGUUGGAGGAAUCACAAUCAAGCUCCAAUCUCCAGAUGUCAAGUGGUUUGAUGAUUAUUAUCUGAAACUCCGGCCAGAAACAAACCUCCGAAACCCUUGGUUUCAAGAAUUUUGGCAGCAUCGUUUUCAGUGCCGGCUGGAAGGCUUUGCACAGGAGAACAGCAAAUAUAACAAGACUUGCAACAGUUCUCUGACUCUGAAAACACAUCAUGUUCAAGAUUCUAAAAUGGGAUUUGUGAUCAAUGCCAUCUACUCCAUGGCCUAUGGACUCCACAACAUGCAGAUGUCCCUCUGCCCUGGUUACGCUGGCCUCUGUGAUGCAAUGAAACCAAUUGAUGGACGUAAACUUUUGGAAUCCCUGAUGAAAACAAAUUUUACUGGGGUUUCUGGAGAUAUGAUCCUAUUCGAUGAGAAUGGAGACUCUCCAGGAAGGUAUGAAAUAAUGAAUUUCAAGGAAAUGGGAAAAGAUUAUUUUGAUUAUAUAAAUGUUGGAAGCUGGGACAAUGGAGAAUUAAAAAUGGAUGAUGAUGAAGUGUGGUCCAAGAAAAACAACAUCAUCAGAUCUGUUUGCAGUGAACCAUGUGAGAAAGGCCAGAUUAAGGUUAUCCGGAAGGGGGAAGUCAGCUGUUGCUGGACCUGCACCCCCUGCAAAGACAACGAGUAUGUGUUCGAUGAGUACACCUGCAAGGCCUGCCAGCUGGGGUCCUGGCCCGCGGAUGACCUCACAGGUUGUGAUUUGAUCCCAGUACAGUAUCUUCGCUGGGGCGACCCUGAGCCCAUUGCUGCUGUGGUAUUUGCCUGCCUGGGCCUGCUGGCAACCCUGUUUGUGACUGCAGUGUUCAUCAUUUACCGUGAUACACCAGUAGUCAAGUCUUCCAGCAGGGAACUCUGUUACAUUAUCCUUGCUGGCAUCUGCCUGGGCUACUUAUGUACUUUCUGCCUCAUUGCAAAACCCAAACAGAUUUAUUGCUACCUUCAGAGAAUUGGCAUUGGUCUCUCCCCAGCCAUGAGUUACUCAGCCUUGGUAACCAAGACCAACCGUAUUGCGAGGAUCCUGGCUGGAAGCAAGAAAAAGAUCUGCACAAAAAAGCCCCGCUUCAUGAGUGCCUGUGCACAGCUAGUGAUUGCUUUCAUUCUCAUAUGUAUCCAGUUGGGCAUCAUUGUUGCCCUCUUUAUAAUGGAGCCUCCUGAUAUAAUGCAUGACUACCCAAGCAUUCGCGAAGUCUACCUGAUCUGCAAUACCACCAACCUGGGAGUUGUCACUCCUCUUGGAUACAACGGAUUGCUGAUUUUGAGCUGUACCUUCUAUGCUUUCAAGACCAGAAAUGUUCCAGCUAACUUCAACGAGGCCAAGUAUAUCGCCUUCACAAUGUACACCACCUGCAUUAUAUGGCUGGCCUUUGUGCCAAUAUACUUUGGCAGCAACUACAAAAUCAUCACCAUGUGUUUCUCCGUCAGCCUGAGUGCCACGGUGGCGCUAGGCUGCAUGUUUGUGCCGAAGGUUUACAUCAUCCUGGCCAAGCCCGAGAGGAACGUUCGCAGCGCCUUCACCACGUCCACUGUUGUGCGCAUGCAUGUGGGGGAUGGCAAGUCGUCCUCAGCAGCCAGCAGGUCCAGCAGCCUGGUCAACCUGUGGAAGAGGAGGGGCUCUUCUGGGGAAACCCUAAGGUACAAAGACAGGAGACUGGCCCAGCACAAGUCGGAAAUAGAGUGUUUCACCCCCAAAGGGAGUAUGGGGAAUGGUGGGAGAGCAGCAAUGAGCAGCUCCAAUGGCAAGUCCGUCACGUGGGCCGCGAAUGAGAAGAGCAGCCGGGGCCAGCACCUGUGGCAGCGCCUGUCGGUGCACAUCAACAGGAAGGAGAGCCCCAACCAGACCGCCGUCAUCAGGCCGUUCCCCAAGGGCUCGGAGAGCCGCGGCCUGGGCGCGGGCGCGGGUGUCCCCGGCGGCGGCGCGGGCGCCAGUCCCGGGGGGCCCGGCCCCGACGCCAGCCCCACAGCGCUGCGCGAGGUGGCGGAGCCGGAGGAGCUUGUCCCCGCGCCCCCCGCGCCCCUCGGCGCGCUCGGCACCCCCGCGAGCCCGGUGGGGCACACGGACCAGGACGCGCCAUCGCUGCCAGCAGGGCCCGCGGCGCGCAGCGGCUCCUCGCAGGCCUCGCUCCUGGAGCAGAUCAGCAGCGUGGUCACCCGCUUCACGGCCAACAUCAGCGAGCUCAACUCCAUGAUGCUGCCCCCCGCGCCCCAGGGGCCCGGCGGGGGCGCCGCGCUCUGCUCGUCCUACCUGAUCCCCAGGGAGAUCCAGCUGCCCAGCACCGUGACCACCUUCGCCGAGGUCCAGCCGCCGCCGCCGGCCGUCGAGGGCUCGGGCGGUGCUGCCCGGGACACCCCAGCCACCGGGCGCGAGUCUGUGGGAGCCAAGGCCGACCUGGAGGAGCUGGUGGCCCUCACGCCGCCGUCCCCCUUCCGAGACUCGCUGGGCUCGGGGAGCACCGCCCCCAACUCACCGGUGUCCGAGUCGGCCCUCUGCAUCCCAUCCUCGCCCAAGUAUGACACGCUCGUCAUCAGAGAUUACACCCAGAGCUCCUCAUCGCUGUGA